AUGAAACGAACCAACGAAGGAGAUUUCAAACAAGUCGGUGAUGAUAACAACACAAAUCAACAAUCAUCAUCGGCUAUGGUGGAUGAAGAAAAAUCAGCAGAACUCAUCAACACAAAUGUUCAAGUUUUUCCAGCAAUUCCAUAUCGAGAAAAAAAGAAAGCCUCUUCAAAAGAGCAAUAUUCACGAUUUCCGGUUCGUGUAAGAGCUCACUGCAAUCCUCUGAGCGAUGACUUUUUUGAUUAUCCUAAAAAACCUAGUGAUGUGAAUUGGCAAGAAAUGUAUCCAAAGAUGAAUAUUGAAACAGAGAAGGUUCAAAUUUUGGACGUUGGAUGUGCCUACGGAGGAUUAAUCACCUCCAUUGCUCCCGUGUUUCCUAAAACUUAUAUUUUGGGAGUAGAAAUUCGAAAGAAAGUUGCAGAAUUUACACAGCAGCGAAUUUUAGCCCUUCGGGAAGGAAAAGCACUCGAUGAAACUCCUCAAGAUAAAGCCAAAGUUGAAACCGGUCACGAUUUUCACAACGUUUGGGCAUUACGAUCAAAUGCCAUGAAAUUCCUUCCAAACUACUUUAAAAAAGGACAAUUGAAAAAGAUAUUAUUCAUGUUUCCAGAUCCACAUUUCAAGAAGAAGAACCAUAGAAGAAGAAUUGUUAGCCCCUCCCUCAUUCCCGAAUAUUCCUAUCUGUUAGAAGUUGGAGGAUUGAUUUACACAAUUACAGACGUGCAAGAGCUAGGUGAAUGGAUGGCCAAGAGUUUUGAAGAGGAGUUGGUUCCUCUGGGUGCUUUUGAAAGAGUUUCUCAAGAAGAGCUCGAUAAGGACCCACUCAUUCCAUUUAUUAUGAGUUCUAGCGAGGAUGGCCAAAGAACGAGCGAACAACAUUUGUCAAAGCAUUUGGCAGUAUUCAGAAAACUCAAAUAA